AUGGUGGAUACAGAAGAUAUUUUAGAGAAUUCCGCCAAUGAGACACCCAUGUCGAAUGCGUAUCGUCUUCUGUGCGAAGAUUUGUGCGCACAAUCUGCAUCGGAUAUUGAAAAAGAGAAAAAGACGAUGAUUUUGGCGAAAAAGUUGGUGAAAGCGAUUGACGCCGCGAAAAUGAAGCACAAUUUUAAUUAUCGCGACACGGACUAUUGGACGAUAAAAAAUGUGAAAUAUCCGUUGGAAAGAUGCCCGUCGGCCAUCAAAAACACAACAUCGAGUGUUGAUAAAUUUGAAUGGAAAAAACCGAAAGCGACAAAAAUCGUGGCGGAAUCGACGAUUUCAAACAAUAUUCGAGUUUUCGUCGAAAUUCCGGACGCUUUGUUCGGCAAUCGGGACUAUCUCAAUCUCACCUACGCGGCGAAACGCGCCCACUACGCAUGCGCCAUUGCCAAUUUGUUUUGCGCGCUGAAAUUUUCCGAAAUUCAAACGUUGACGUUCGUCAUUGAGAAUAAUAACGCGUUGUAUCCGAAUUUAAAAGUGAAUUCUCAAGAUGGCGAUGUGAUAUUCGCAUUUUUCAACACCGCCAUCGCCAAAAACAAACGAUUCAUUCCGACGAUUGGCAAUUUGAGGCCAUCGACCGUUUUUAAAGCGUUCGACAAAUCAAAUGAAUGUGCGACGCCGAUAUUCAAUCAGCGAUUCCUUCAAACCAUCGAGGAGCCGAAAUUUCGGCAAAAUCUUGAGGAAAAGCUGAAAAGUGCCAAAGAUGCGCGAAUCGCAUUAAAACUGAUUUGCAAACUUCUCCAUAAUAGAAGAUUGACGGAAUUGGCAAAUAUUGUGGUCCCGAUGCGAUUUUUGAGGCUUUUGAAUCAAGGAUUGAUCACUGAUAAACAAGAAAUUCUCACCGUCCUCAGGAUUGUCGUCAAAGAUUUGAUACAAUGGGAGACGGAAAAUGUGGAUUAUGUGGAGGUUGGUGAUUCAAUGGAAGAUGAGAUCGAAGAUGGCUACAAGAAGGCGUUCGAGGUCUCACUUAUUCAGAAUUUCUGGAAUUGCGCCCACGAAAUUGGCAAAAAUGAAAUCAUUCGGCUGAAAAUGGAAUUGGCGAGCUGCCUUCCAAAUUUGGGAGACGUUUACACAUUCGACAAUUUCUUCAUCGAAUCGACGCCAAUUCACGCGAAUUUCGAUCAUUACGCGUCGCUCACGCUCAACGCCGCCCAAAUAAGGAAAGCCGAAGCGCGAAUCGGCACCGACGCGGCCGAUAAUAACGACAUCGUGCGCAAUUAUGUUGGGAUGUUCAAAAAACUGAUCGAGAAGACCAUGUCGGAGAGAUUCGAGUAUUUCACCAUGGAAUGCAUUCGUGGUCUCGACACCGAGUGGAGCGUCGACAAGUAUUUCGGCGAUGUGAAAGAAUUCAAAUUUGUGCUCGGAUUUCGCUCGACGAGCGCCUGGUCGAAUCCGAUCACAAUCGGGCCGGUGGCGCAAGACGAGACGGCUCGCGAGUUUCGUGCGCUUUGGAAAAACGUCAGCGAGCUUCGAAAGUUUGCCGAUAGUCGAGUGUGCGAAUGCGUCGUGUGGUCGUUGAGCGCCAAUGACGACAUUCCCCAUCGGAUUCUGUCGUUUAUCACGCAAAAGAUUAUUGAGAUUCAAGGAAGCUCGAUCUCGUGGAGGAAAAUGGAUGGGCUCAAGAGCGAUGAGCAGGAGCAGAGCGCGGUGACGAAAGCGUUUGCGAAUUUGAGCGCCACAUUGAGAUCGCUAAAAGGAUUGCCGUUGACGAUCACCAAUGUGCACGGAAUCAGUCCGUAUAUUCGGGGAACUGAGCCGCUGAUGCCGUCGGUCUACGCGGCGUUCAGCGCGACGAACAACGGCAGGAACGAGGUGCCGAUCGACGAUCGAAUUCGGCCGUUCACACCCGCCUUGACGGUGCACAUCAAGCUCGAAUAUUCGGGACGUUGGGGCAAUGAGGUGGAGUCGAUUCGCCGGCUCACCUCGUCGUUUUAUGUCAAAAUGGCCGAGAAGUUGAGGCGUCGCGAUUUGGUGGCGGUCGCCACCAUCGAUCAGCUAUUCGUUUUGCAGGAUGGAAUUGUGUUCAAGCUCGUCGUUGUCAAUGAGAAAAUGCAGAAUGUGCUUCAAGAAGCGGUUGAGAAGCUUAAAAACGCGGGAGCGAGUCGAAUUGAGAGCUCUGUUGAAGGAAUGCGGCUUGCCGCGUGGAAAAAGAAAUUCAUCACCGAGCCUUUUCUUCAAUUGUCGUUGCAAACCUUCGCAACGAGCCAUCGAUUCUUCUCCGACGCCGUUCAGAUUCUUAAAAGAUGGAUUGGGUCGCUACUUUUGUCGGGACACAUCGAUGACAUCAUUCUGGAGCUUCUUGUCGUUGCUGCGGUGACGAAGAAGGGAUUCAUUGAGCCACAAUCAUCUUGGACUGCGUUCGCAAGAACACUCGACUUGAUCGCCACCCAUAAUUGGCUUACUCGUCCAUUGAUUGUCGACAUGGGCAAAAGCUGGACGGACGAUGAGCGAGCGAGACUCGAGGAGAAUUUCGUCAAAAUGCGGCCGAUUCUACCGCCGAUGGUCGUGAUCACCGACGAGGAUCCCGUCGGCAGCAAGUUCACACGAGAGAAUCCGAGUGGAAUUGUGCUCAAGAGGCUCAUCGGAUUCGCCGGCGAGGCGUCGAAGAUCCUCGAACGGCACAUCACCGGAGAGAAGCUGGUUGAUUUUCAGGAAAGUCUUCUCAAGUCGGACUACUCGCCGUACGACGCCAUCAUCAAUCUGAAUUCGGACGCGGUUGUGCGAAAAUCGACGUCGUUCAAGAGGAAUGCGAAAGCGAAAACGAUUCCGGUCGUUGAAUUGGAUCCGAUCGAUGAGCUCGUCUAUCAAUUGAACAAUAAUUUCCAUCAGGUGGCAAUGUUCUUUUAUAAUAAAUAUGGCGGCGAGUCGAUUGGUGUGAAGUUCAAGCCGCAUGAGGAGCAGGUGCCGGCAAAGAUUGCGAAAUGCCUUCUUCACAAAUCGGUGUCGGACGCGAUUCUGACGUUGAACAAGGAGGAGAUAAUGGAAGAUAUUCGAAUUAUGGGUCAAGGAAUUGUUGCAGAUGUUCAAUUAAUCAAAUCAUGA